AUGGGGGAGGAGAGCAGAGGAUGCAAUGAGGUGUAUAAAACUUCUGUGGAAGAGAAAGUAGCAUCAGCUUGUGAACAAUGGCCUAAGAGAAUGUCAGGCUAUUACAUCAAACUACUGUGUAUUAUAUGUGCCAGUCGAGAAACCUAUAAUGCCUUGACAAACUGGUUGACAGAUGCCAGAACUCUUGCUAGCCCUAACAUUGCCAUUCUUCUAGUAGGAAACAAAAAAGACCUGGAAGGUGAUAGAGAGGUUACAUUUCUUGAAGCCAGUCGAUUUGCCCAGGAAAAUGAACUGAUGUUUCUGGAGACUAGUGCUCUGACAGGAGAAAAUGUAGAAGAGGCAUUCCUGAAGUGUGGCAAAUCAAUUUUGGCAAAAAUUGAAACAGGAGAACUUGAUCCAGAAAGAAUUGGUUCAGGUAUCCAAUAUGGAGAUACAGCUCUUCGAAGACUGAACCGCCAGCACCAGCACCAGCGACGUCCUGACUGUUCAUGUUAAAAAUAACCAGUAUACCAGAAAUAUGUCCAUUGUUGCAAUUACAGCAAUGUUCCUUUACAUCUUUUCUUUGAUUUAGCCUCAUAAUUUACAGUCUUUAAUGUAUUUUGUUAUGGCUUUAUGUUGAAUAUUAUGAAACUUUUGUGUGUAUUCACAAAUGAAUCAUCCAUAAUGUUAUAAAGCUUUCCAGGUUGGCUGCAUCACAUCUACACAUAAAUGUUUUGUUUCAACUUUGUUACAGUACUGCUGUGAUACAGGCUGUUAGAUUAUGCAUGAAAAUAUACAAAAAUGGCUAACAUUGUUGUAAGGAGAAGAGAAAAAAUGUAGUCAGUGUUUUGGCCAACCUUCAUUAGUGCCAGAUGAAAGUAGUUUGAAUGAAAUAUUGACCACCUAGCUUCGUUUAUUUUCACUCACAGAAAUAUUAACCAUUUCUUUUUUGUGUUUUCAUAUUUUAUCAUGGUGGAGUUGCAUUUUGUUUUUUAACCAUAUUGAUUUUAUAGUAAUAUAUAUAUAUAUCCUUCACUAUAAUUUAAAGAAACUGUGUCAAAAUAUUAAGCAUUGGUCAUACAUUGCCAAUAGCAGAAAUAUGAGCUAUAAUUUAUAAUUAAGAAUUUUUACCAAAUGAAAGUAUAUAAUUCCAAACAAUAUAGAUCUUUUUCCUCAUUUUAGGCCAAGCACUUACAAUAUCAUAACUCGUACCUUAUUUCAUUUUCUUUAGUAGAAACUUGUACCUGAUUCAUCAGCAAAACAUAUAGCCAUAAUUAAGACCGCUGAAAGGUUCAGCUGUUACACUGUUUCUUGCCUCAUACAUUCUUAUAUAGUUAUAAAAAAUCUAAAAGAUUUGAUGGACAGGCUACAUAAGAAAGAUGACAAAAAGAACCACGGUCACUCACGUCUAAGAUUGGACAAGCAGGGCAAAAAGCAAACAAUAGUUGCAGUAAAAAUUAUGAAAUAAAAAAAUUUAAAAUAAGCAUUUUAGAAAGUUUGCAGAUUCUCAGCCCUUUUGUUUUCCAAGGAAAUCUUUUUUUUUUCAAUUUGUUAAUGAACCUUGAAGAAACUUUUUUUUUUUCUCUCUAUUUGAUUAUUAGAAAUUAACUGUUCUGUUCUUGAAGAAACACAUAAGCUUCUUUGUAGAAAAAGGUUUUAGUUUAAGUAUAAUAAUAAAUCGUUAAGAUAGGCAUUACUCUUAAAGUCUGUAAUUAUGUUAAUGUUUAUCUGUCAUUGUCAUGUGCAUGUGAUAAUAACCUAAGUUUUUUGAACUCUGAUACCAUUCUUCCAGUAAAUAUACUGCAGUAACAGCAGAUCUGUUAUAGCAUUCUGAGGUUUGUAUGGACAAGAAAUGGUAAUUACAAUUUAAAUGACUGAAUUUUUAAAGUGUUUAUUAUCAUUAAUGAAUUUAACUUUGGAGUUCAUAUUUUAUGAACAAAAAUAUUAUAGCUUUCCUAUAUACCUCUUUAUUAAACGACCGCUGAUUUUCUGGUACUAAUAUCAAAAGUCUUAUUAUAACAGCAACACUCACAGAAGGAUUGUUAGAAAGUUGCUUUACACAAGUUAUUUAGGUAGAGAUCUUUUUAUUUCUGAUUUCUGUGAACACAAGAUAGUAUUGCAUUAAGUCUUUCAUAAUUCAUCAUAUCCAUGUGAUGAAGGCACCUCCAUGAUGCUGUCAUCCUCUGAGAUUUUAUGAUUGAAUUUAUAAUAAAAUACCAUUCAAUAUUUUAGUAACAAAACUCAGAAAGUUUCAGAUAGUAUUCUCAAGCUAAUUAAUAUAGAAUAUUAGACUUUUCUUUAAAAAAUACAUACUGUCAAUCUAAGAACUCAAGGUAGGUUAUAGAUUUAUGCAUAUACAAUUGGCCUUUCCCACAUCUAUAGCUGUAUAUCUUGUGCACAUCUCUUUAUUAGUAAUUAAAUUACAGCAUAACUGAAAUCCAUUCAGUACUAAAUAGGUGUAAGCUGACCUAGUUAUGUUUGUAGGUAAGUCUACUUGUGUCAACUCCUAUUCUUUAUAGGAGAUGAAAGAAUGGAAGAAACAUACAUCUGCAUUGUACAUCCAAUUAUAAAUUAGUAGAACAGAAAAUAAGUUACUAAUUUAGAAAUAUAAAUUUAGUUCUUUUAAGUUAAGCAAAAAUUUUCAAAAAUUAUUUUCAUUAGGAAAAGUUUGUUCAUUUAGAGUAUCACAUAAAAGUAAUUAGAAAUUGACCUGAAAGUUUAAGAUUUUUUUUGUAUUUUUAUUAUUCUACUAAUUAUACUUUGGUAUGACAUUAGUAGUGAAGUAGAACGUUUUCUCAGUUUUAGGCAUGUAACUUUCCAGUUGUUAUAAAACAGAUUAGAUUUAUUUCAAACAUUUAGAGCUUACUAAAAUUUAAAAAUGUAUUUACUUCUAAUGAGCACCAGUUUUGUAGUUUAUGUUUUUAACACAUAGUAUAAUCUUGAUAAAGCAAGGUCAUUAUUUUAAAGGGAAAUAUGAUGUACAAUUAUUUAACUGUUAUUAAAAAUCUUAAAUUUUAAGUAAAAGGUUCAUAUUCUUCUUCAAGAAAAAACAAUAAACCACAAUAAAAUAUAUCAUUUUAGAUAUUGUACAGCUCGUUUUUGUAUCAAUGUAUAUGUAAAAAGUAAAUGUUAAAAUAACAUCCCAUUAUUAUAUCAUAGGAUAAGAUCAACGUUUUACUGCAGUUUUGUUAACAAGGUAAUAGUUUGAAUAUUAAGCUUGUAAUUACUUACAACGAAUAUUAAUAGAAAUACUACUUGCAAGAUUCUAAAUAAACAAGAACCUAGAAAGCUUUAUAUUUACUAUCUUUGUGUUUACUGUAUUUUGUCCCAAGUGAAAUCAACAGUGCUUGAAUGUUUGUAUGUCUAUAUUUAACAUUCUAUUUUAAAUCCAGGGUGUGUGAAAUACUAUAGCUUUUUAUAUUGUGGCAUUUGGUACAAAGAAAAACAAGCUGUGUGAAUUAUAUUAAUGCUUAGAACACCCUGUAUUAACAUAGAACAUUAUUUUCCUGCUUUAAUAACUCCAUGCGAGGGAGAGUAAAUGAUGCCUGUCAGCUAAUUAACAAUUAAAACCUUGCAAAGGCACAACCAGUUGCCCUAGUAAAUUGACUGUUCUGUUAACCAUUAUGUUGAUGUUUACUGCAUUAUUUCUUUUAACUUAAAAUGCUUAAAUAAGCAUUUGAGUGAUAACAUACUAAAUAUAUAAAAUUGUGAAUGUUUUAUAAUCAUUAUAUUAACUUUAUACCUUUGGUUGUAAACCUGGAAGUUAUCCAUAUUCUUGGUUGUGUUGUGGUAUUAGAGAGAGAGAGAGUUUUUAGGAAUCAAGAUGUAACUUGUUGCAUUGAAGUUGAUGUAGAACAAGUUGUAAGAUUAUGUUACAUGAAAACUAACUGUGAGUAACUCUGAGGGUGAACUGUGAUAGAACUUUUUAAUUUUUCAAUGUUUCUGGUCUGUAUGUUGUGUUUUUGAAUAAGUUAGCAAACUUCUGUAAAUAAAAAUUAAUCUUUUUUAAAGUAAAUUGUACUAUGAGAAGAAUUUUAAGAAUUCUGUAUAUAUUUAUAUUUACAUUUAAAGAUCUGAAAACUUAAACUAUUGUAUCCUUAACAUCAAGUUUUUGCUGUUAUACUUUCAUUAAAUAAAAUUUUCUGGAGCUGAGAUACAAAGAUAAAGGUUAUGUGACAUACAUCAGUUUUAACUAUGCUAUCCUGUAUUUUUUAUCAUAAAAUUAGUUUGUUGAUUCAGUCUGAACUCUGUAUUGAAAUAUUUGUAUGACUAAAACAAUUAUUACCAAA